AUGAAGUACGCGACUGCCGUCGUUGCUCUAGCCGCCGUUGCUGUUGCCGCUCCGGUCGAGGUCGACAAACGCAACAACACGUGCCCCAAUACGGCCAAUGUCGCUUGCUGCAGUAUCCCAAUUCCCAUCCUCGGUAAUCUUCUCUGUAAUGUCGUCCAGCCCGGAGGGGCUGCCUGGGCUAUUCUCACAGCUGCAAUGAUAUGGGCGUAG